AUGAAGUUUUUAUUACCAAUUGUUUUAUUUUUCCUUUAUUUUAUAAAGAAUAAUGUUGAAAUGAAAGAAAAUAUUAAUUCAUAUCUGUGUGAUUUUUAUUUUAAUCCUUCAACUUCUGUUAAACCAGUUCUAGGAGGGAAACAUGAUGAACCUGAAGAAGUUGCAUGUUUAGUAAAUAAUCCUAUUUUAGGAGAAAUAAUUUUUUUAGUGUGCCCUAAAAGAAAAGACGACUAUUCAGAUAUAGAAUUAGUUCCUUCUAGUUGUUUUUCUUCUCAUCUUUAUUCUCCAUAUACAUCAGGAAAAAAUGAAAAAAAUAUUGAAAAACUGGAUAUAGAUGAUACAUAUACUCAUGUUUUUUCUUAUGAUGAUUAUGAAAUUAGAACUUUUAGAUUGCCAAAUCAUUAUAAAUAUGAUAAAAUUAUUUAUUGUAGAUGUGAUAACAGAAAAACAGAAAAAGAACACGACGAUAAACAGAAAUACCAAGGGAAAACAGGACUAGUUAAAAUUAUUCUUAAUAGUGGGAUAAAAAAACCAAAAGUGAUUGACCUUACGUCUGAUAAACCUAAAAAUGAUGAUAUUACGAUAGAUAAAAAUAAUAUUACCUUAAAUGUAGUAGAAAGUGAAAUAAUUGAACUUAAAAUUAAUGAUGAGGCUCGUAUAAUUGAUAGUAAUGAUUGUGCUAGCAUAAUAAAUACAAGAUAUAAUGUACUAUCAUCUCCAUUUGCUCUAAGAACUCCCACAGUUUUUCUUAGAGAAAUUAAUUGCGAAAUCACGAUUGAAAAGAAAGUAGGAAGUAUUCAUAAAAUUACUAUUAAAGGUAAUAAAACGAAAAAUAUAGAAGGUUGUGAUUUUACCAAACCUAAAGGAGAAGGUAUAUUUAAGCAUGGAUUUGUUUUAAGUAAUAUAUCUGAGGAAGAAAAAAUAUGUACAGUUUAUAUUGGAUCAAGCAAAAAAAAUAUUGUUGCAGGCCUCAAAUGCCCUUACAAAUUAACUCCCACUUUUUGCUUUAGUCAUGUUCUUUAUGAAAAAAAAAUUAAUAAUGAUAAAGUAUUUAAAACGUUUUUAUUACGAGAUAUUUUAGAAACCAAUGAUAUUGAGUACUACACUAAUGGUAAAGGAUCCUUAAUGGUAGGACUACCAACAAAAUCUUAUAAAUAUGCAACAGUUAGAUGCAUUUGUGAAAAUAAAGGUAAAAGGGGAAUAAUGGAAUUAAAAAUUGCAUCUAGUUAUAUUAGUUUCAUUAAUUUUAUUUUGCUAUUAAUUACUUUUAUUCUUUUAUAUUUAUUUUAA